AUGACCAAGAAUGAGUUGAUCAACAACUUGGGUACCAUUGCGAAGUCCGGCACGAAGGCUUUCAUGGAGGCCAUGGCCGCAGGUGGCGACAUCUCCAUGAUUGGCCAGUUUGGCGUCGGCUUUUACAGCGCCUACCUUGUCUCGGACAAGGUGCGUGUGGUCAGCAAGCACAACGACGACGAGCAGUACAUCUGGGAGUCUGGAGCCGGCGGAUCAUUCACUGUGCAAAAGGACACCGAGCUCGUGCACGGCGAGAUCAAGCGCGGCACAAAGAUCAUCUGCUACCUCAAGGAGGACCAGUCGGAGUUCCUGGAGGAGCGACGCCUGAAGGACUUGGUCAAGAAGCAUUCCGAGUUCAUCGGCUUCCCCAUUGAGCUCUAUGUGGAGAAGUCCAAGGAGAAGGAGGUGACCGACUCCGAGGAAGAAGAGGAGGAGAAGAAGGAUGAGAAGGAAGGCGACGAGCCCAAGAUCGAGGAGGUUGACGAAGAGAAGGAGAAGGAGGAGAAGAAGAAGAAGACCAAGAAGGUGAAGGAAGUCUCGCACGAGUGGGAGCAGCUGAACAAGAACAAGCCGCUGUGGAUGCGAAAGUCUGAGGAUGUGACCAACGAGGAGUAUGCCUCCUUCUACAAGUCCCUGUCCAACGACUGGGAG